UUCUAUUUGCAUUCUGGCCCGGACAGCCUGCCAGAGUAGACCAUAUCAGACCCGCUCCAGUUCUGUUUGUCCUGAAACUCUGCCCUGGGAGGUGAUUGAGGAAGGUGCCCGGUGAGGGCUGAGCAGCGGAGGCAGCCAGGGUGAGCCAGUCUCUUGGCCUUGCGGGAGGAUGGAGGCCCUCAAUGUAUCUGCCCCGUACAACUUCUCCCUGCCGCCCAACUUCGGCAAGCGCCCCACCGACCUGGCGCUGAGCAUCAUCCUGGUGUUUAUGUUGAUCCUCAUGAUGUUCUCGUUGGGCUGCACCAUGGAGUUCAGCAAGAUCAAGGCUCACUUCUGGAAGCCUAAGGGGCUGGCCAUCGCCCUGGUGGCGCAGUAUGGUAUAAUGCCCCUCACUGCCUUUGCCCUGGGAAAGAUCUUCCGGCUGAACAACAUUGAGGCGCUGGCCAUCCUGAUCUGUGGCUGUUCCCCCGGGGGACACCUGUCCAACCUCUUCUCUCUGGCUGUGAAAGGCGACAUGAACCUCAGCAUCGUGAUGACCACCUGUUCCACCUUCUUUGCCCUGGGCAUGAUGCCCCUCCUCCUGUAUGUUUACUCCAGGGGAAUCUAUGAGGGGAACCUGAGGAACAAGGUACCCUAUGGAGGCAUUGUGUUAUCAAUGGUACUGGUUCUCACCCCUAGCACCUUAGGGAUCUUCCUCAACAGCAAAAGGCCACAAUAUGCACGCUACGUCAUCAAGGCAGGAAUGAUCAUCGUGCUUUUGCUCAGUGUGGCCAUCACAGCGCUCUCUGUCAUCAAUGUGGGCAGGAGCAUCCUGUUUGUCAUGACGCCCCACUUGUGGGCCACCUCCUCCCUGAUGCCCCUCAUCGGCUUCCUGCUGGGCUUCCUUCUCUCCACUCUCUUCCGCCUCAACGGACAAUGCAGCCGCACUGUCAGCAUGGAGACUGGAUGCCAAAAUGUGCAACUCUGCGCUGCCAUCCUCAAUGUGACCUUCCCCCCGGAAGUCAUUGGACCACUUUUCUUCUUCCCUCUCCUCUACAUGAUCUGCCAGACUGGAGAAGGGCUUCUCCUCAUUGCCCUCUUCCGGUGCUACGAGAAAAUCAAACCUUCCAAGGAUAAAACAAAAAUGAUCUACACAGUUGCUGCAACCGAAGAAACCACUCCAGCCGCUCUGGGAAAUGGUAGCACUCCAAAAGAGGAGUGCUGCUCUUCCACAGCCUACCCUUGCCCGGGUGGCCUGGACUCAGGUCAGGUGAUUUGGAAAGCCGGUACGGCGAGCUGCAGGGAGAAAGCGGCAUGAUGAGCGUACCAGCAGUGUCUGAGUCUUUCUCCAACAUUUCCCACAGAAAGUCUCAAGACCAUCAAGAGCUUUGCCUGGAGGACAGAGGGUGGGGGACAUCACCCUAAAAGCCUCACCUACCUCCAGCUCAGGAUUUGAUACUUGUUUUAAAAAAAAAAACAAAAAAACUUGUUCAAUGACACCCCCAUGAAAGGAACCAAACUGCCUUUUGUCCCUGCAUCUCUAGAACAGUGCCCAACAGGCAUAUAAAAAGGUGCUCGAUUUCUAAACUAGUUAAAAAUGCUUUCCUAAAAAUCAAAUAUUCAAAUCCUGUUCCAAGUUCGUUUUUUUAGGCUCAGAAAGCUGUAGAUUUAGUAGACUUCAGAAGUCUUUUCUAGUAACCUUAAAAAUUCAGAUACCGUUCCCUCCCUUUUGACAUCACUACUGGGAUUAAAGCUCCUGAGAAUAUGAGCACACCACCAAGUAUACAAAAACAAUGUGAUAAUAUAUAUGCAAGAGCAAUUAGACAAGGCAAACUCACUCAGCCAUAAUGAAAUAAAAGCAUAUAAUCCCAGAAGUAGAGGGGAAACACUUUAACAAGAGCCAGGCACCAAGAAAUAUAAAAAUCAACAGAAUUGUUUUGCUAAUCUAAUAUAGUCUUAUCCCAUCAGUUCAUUAGUUAUCAGUGGUUUCCACAUUAUGCUCCCUCAAAAUCCAGAGUUGAAGCUACUGUCAAAGAGUGGUUUCUCAAUUCAAAUACUCAAAUUAGAAUUCUUAAAAUUCAAGUUUUCUCCCAUGAAAUUAUGUUUGUUUGUAUAUUGCUCAUGUGCAAACAAGCGCUAGGCCAAAGAUGAAAGAACACUGGAAAACUGCUUACCACGCCUAACUACUUGUGAUUUCUGUUAUCAUUUAAUGAUUAGAUACAACUGAAACUAUGACAAUUUCAGGAUGUCUGGCAAAUGUUCAAGACUACUAAUAUUCCCAAUACCGAAGCAAACUGAAGAAUCACUAAUUUGGGCCACUGAAAGGUCUGCCACUUAUUUUUUUACAUAUUAUACACUGACCUAGCGAUUUAAAUAUUCUGAUAUCUAACAGACACCAUUUGCUAGGAAACUUGGUUAAGUACAACAAAAUAGAAGAACAAGUUUAGCUUUUAGAGGAAGGGAAAGCUAGACUUGAGAUAUAUUACCCUCGGUGAAAAAACAUGGAAAUAUUAUGGUUGAGUCCACAAGGAGACAUCGUUAGACUUACUGUGCUCAUGUUUUAAGGUAUAUAGGGGAGCACCACCACAUUGUAAAGCAUAUAAAUGUCAAAUUGCUAUAUUGUACACCUGAAACUAAAGUUAUAUUGUAUACUAACUAUACUUUAAAAUACAUUGCAGACAAAAAAGAUGUUACCCAAAUACUAGAUGAAUAUUUAUAACACAAAAGUUGCACUACACCCUGUCAAAGACGGGUCCUCAAACUGCUUAGGCUCACACCCACACUCCUUUCUCAGGUCUGCGAUCUGAGAAUUUGGGCCAACUUGCCAAUUCAAACCAUCUUCUCUUCCAUUUGUUUUAAGGCUUACUUUAUUGCCUCACUGGGUAACAAAUUAUUUCUAAUAUCAGGUUAGCCAAGCUCAUGUGGUUUAAGAUGGCUAUAGUAGCACUUAACUUUAUUUGAAAGUUUUGUUGUAUUACAUUGUAACAGCUCUAUCAGUGUGCAUUUUUAAAAAAACCAAACUGUUUAUGUAGCCAUUGUAAUAUUGGAAAUGGAAGAAAAUACGCAACAAUUUCAGCAUGUUAUAUUUCAAGGAAGGUAACAACUGAAAUCCCAAACAAGAUUUGUGCAGUGAAUGGAGAGGGUGCUGUGUCAAUCAUGAUCAAAUGUGUCAAAAGUGGUUUGCAAAGUUUCACGCUAGACAUUUUCCCACUGGACGAAGCUCCAGUCAGGUAGACCAGUUGAAGGUGAUACGAUCAUAUUGAGAUGUUAAUUGAGGACAAUCAAUGUUAUACCACAGGGAAGACAGCCAGCAUACAUCAAGUAUCCAAAUCAAUAAAGUUUUUUGUGAAAAUGAAAAA